CCAGUGCUGCAAGGUGAAUCACAGUAUCGAAGCGUUAUUUUGGUGUUAGACGGACAACCAUGCAAUUGAAAAUUGAGAGACAACUCAAAAAAUAUGUGACUGAUUGCGAAAGGGCAUUCGAGGAAGUUGAAAAAACAAAGGAUGUCGCCGUCAAACGACUGAGGGAGCUGGCGGUCGAAUUAGAAGACCAGCAGCGGAAAAUGGAUAUCGUUAAGAUCUCGGCUGCAUCGUCUGGUGUAGUUGGAGGCGGACUUGUCCUCACGGGCUUUGGGUUGGCUUUCUUUACAUUUGGUGCUUCGCUCGUGGUUACAGCUGUAGGCACCGUCGUAGGAGGUACUUCGUUACUGACCAAGGCCGCGACAGAUAUCGCUGAGGUGGUCAUUAACAGCAAAAAGAUGAAAAAGGCGCAGGAAGCACUGCAAAAAUACAAAGAAUCUUUCAGUGCAGCCUCAAAAUCUAUAUCAAAAUUAAAGAAUUUUGUAGCAGAUAAUAAAUUGGACACCCAAAACCUGGUGCAUAAUUUACUUGCUAGAGCUGGCCAGCUGUUAAAACACCCAGUUUCUUUAUUGGCUCUUCGCGUAGUUUCUUCCACUGUGGUGGCAGGUCGCAGUGCGGUGAUAACCGUCAAGGAGGCCGUUUGUAAAGGAUCCAUGACGGUGUCAGAAGCUGGGGGACCCUUGAUUAAAACAUUAACCACUGCACAGAAAAUAGGUAAAGUGGCCGGGGCAACAGGUGCGGUUGUGGGCAUAGCUUUUGAUUUGAAGGACCUGAUUGAAACGUCUAUAAAACUGCACAAAAAGAAACAUUCAGAGGUAGCGUGCCAACUACAUGCCAAGGCAAACAGUUUGGAAACUUCUUAUUCGGCGUAAAAAUAAAACCAGCGGAGUGAUGAAAAGUAAUUGAAAACGUUUGAACAAGAGAAAAGUUAUAAAAACCAAAAAGGCCUACAUUACCUGUUAAUAAUUGCCAAUGAGCAUAUUUAUUCGCUAUCGAGAAAUAUACCGUCCCCAGAGAUAACAGCUUUAUUUGUAAUAUUUGACGUAGUAUAACUUAUGCAAACAAUUAUAAUUUUGACAGAAUUAUACACUUGAUUUAUACAAAUGUAAUGCAUGAAUUUAAAUAUUGUUUAUGAUAUUUUAUGCAUUCAGACACAUAAGCCUCUGACACAUUUUUUUUCACUGAAACUAGUGAGACAAUAUUGACCCCCUCUCAUGAAAAUGCACUUCAAUCAUUUAUUUAUCUCAUGAAAUCUGUUAAACAUACAUCUUAAAGGAAAUUGUAAUAUGCUUUCUUAAAGAUUCUCCCCUUGAAGAUUGACAUUUCAAUAGUAAAGUGUGCUUAGACCUUUACAGACAGAAGUGCAGUUGCUGAGGGCAAGAGAGAUUGUCUUCAAUUAUUUUUGAUAUAUCACAAUUUACAAGUGCAAUUAAAAGAAAUUAUCGCAUAUUGAAAAUUUUAUAUUUAAUUCUGUAGUUACCUGUUGUACCAGCACCUAUA